UAUUUUAUUUUCCUGAUUCAUCGAGAGUAUUUUAUUACUGUGUCUUUAUACGUAAAAUUACAAUUUAAUUAUGGAUAAUAUAGUGUUAUAAGUGAAUCAUGGAAAUGUAGUGCCUUAUUGGAUAAUUUGUGUAGCAAAUUUUUGUGUAAAUCUACUGCAACAUUCUUUGAUGAGGAUGAUCUCAUUGAUGUUCUGACAUUACGUUCUUUUUAGCUAAAUCUUGAUCGUUUUAUUAUUUUACUAUUGGGUCCAAUGACCUUGUAGCUUAAAAAUAAUUUCAUCGAAAUUGAUUUGUGACAAUGAAGAAACAGUUCUAUAGGGUUAAGCAACUUGCCGACCAAACAUUUUCAAGAUCUGGUAAAGCAGAAGGCUUGACAGAUGAGUUACAAACGGCUGAUAGGAAAGUGGAACACCUCAGAAAUGCCUUACAACUUGUCAGCAAGAGGCUGUCGACAGGAGCAGGCAGCACACAGGGUCAGGAUCCUGCAGCUAGAGAGAAAAGACUAAAGAAACUGCCAGAAUACCUUCUUGGGUUGUCUAUGUUGGAGGCCAGCAACUUUGAUGAUGAUGAUAGUAUCUUAAAAUACAUUUUAUAUGAAUGUGGUAAAACAGAAAAACUACUGGCGAAUGAAAUAGCAGAGCAUGAACUAAAAGUAGAACAGUUGGUAUGUGCGCCGUUAACAUCCAUUAGUGACCAGGAUUUGCCAGCUAUCAUGAAAACCAAGAAACAGUUGAGCAGGCUCAUGAGUGAGAAGGAAACGGCGGCCAGUAGAUAUCAUCAUUUAGAGCGUCAAAAAGAAGAAAAUCCAACAAAGUUUAAUGCAGCACGAGAAGAGCUCGAAGAUGUCGGGAUACGUGUUGAGGCCGCCCGAGACGCCCUGGCCGCCGACAUGUUCGCGCUUGUCGCUAAGGAGGCCCAACUGGCACACACACUACUGCAAUACAUCAAACUACAGAGGGCCUACCAUGAAUCCGCCCUCCACUCUCUACAAGACACAGUGCCAGAACUGGAAAGGUUUAUAAAUGAUAGUUCCACAAAGCCGGUGUUUGGGUAUCCUCUAGAAGAGCACUUGCGAGUCACGAGCCGAACUAUCGCCUUCCCAAUAGAGCUGUGUGUCUGCACUCUACACGAGUUGGCCCUCAAUGAGGAAGGACUGUUCAGGAUCGCCGGAGGUUCUUCGAAGGUGAGGAGAAUGAAAUUAUCGUUAGAUGCAGGCUUGUUCAACGUCCCUCUACCGAGAGAUUACAGAGACAUGCAUGUUGUGGCAUCCGUCCUCAAGUGCUACCUCCGAGAGCUGCCCGAGCCCAUACUAACGUACCGCCUUUACGAAACCUUCGUGAAUGCCUCUCGACAGCCCACAGAACAAACUCGACUGAACGCUCUCUGGGAAGCCAUACACCUUCUGCCAGAGGCUAACUUCCAAAAUCUUAGGUACCUCAUCAAGUUUUUGUCCGCUUUGACUCAGAACCAAAGUACGAAUAAAAUGACUCCUUCAAACCUAGCCAUCGUGAUCGCUCCCAACCUGCUGUGGGCAGCUGACGAGAGCACCUUCGACAUGAACAUCACAACAGCCGUCAACUGUAUCGUAGAGUUACUCAUCAAGCACGCUGAUUGGUUCUUCAAAGACGAUCUCAGCUUUUUCAUUUCAUUUACCAAAGAAGAUCUACUUCCAGAUCAAUGCGAGUACGGUUUCACUCCUAAUUUCGUCCACGGAUACAAUCAAACCGCUGCACUUAGUCAGGACGCAGCGAAUGGUGACUACAGUAGCAUGAGUAAAUCUAUGUUUGACUAUAAUCACCAGAGCUGA